UACAAAAAAAAGACUAAUCGGUGUGCCAUAAAUGAAGAUAAUAUUAGAAAGGCAAUAACGGAUAUCAGAAAUGGGACUGAAACGCAAACUACAGCUGCCAUCAAAUACGGAAUAAAUAGAACAACUCUAAUCAUGCGUUUAAAACAUAAGGCACCUUCUGGCAAUCUUUCAGAUUCUGGCAAUGAUAGCAGCUCUGAUGAUUAUUUUAAAUUUCAAUCGAAAUUCACAUCUCGCCAGACAUUUAAUAAGCAACAAGAAACCGAUAUUUGUGAUUACGUCAAGAAAUGUGCUUUUUAUUCUUACGGCUUAACUUAUCAAACUUUAAAAAAGUUUGCAUAUGAUUACGCUAAAGCUAAAAAUUUGGUUACUCCAACUGCCUGGGAAAAAUCCAAAGAAGCUGGAGAAGAUUGGCUUUACGGAUUUCUUAAAAGAAAUGAUUCUAUAUCUCUUCGUAAACCUGAAAAGAUCAGUUUGGCAAGAUUACGCGGUUUUACUAAAUCAGCAGUGGAAAGUUUUUUCAAAAACCUUACUACGUUGUUUGAAAAGUACUCAUUUCAGCCAAAAGAUAUCUAUAAUUUGGACGAAACUGGUUUAACUACCGUGAUGGAGCCUAUUAAGAUUUGUGCUGCAAAAGGACAACGUUCUGUUUCUCAAGCAUGUUCCGCUGAGCGCGGCAGCUUGGUUACAAUCGUUGGCAUAGUUAACGCUUGCGGAAAUCGUUUGCCUCCGGCUUAUAUAUUUCCUCGUGUACGUUUCAGUGAAAGAUUCGGAAAUGGAUGCAUGCCCGGUUCGUUGAUAUUGAAUACAAAAUCCGGAUGGAUGAUUUCCGAACUCUUUGCAAAUGUGCUGAAACACAUUAAAAACUUUACGAACUGUUCAGUUGAAAACCCAAUUCUAAUUCUGCUUGAUAAUCAUGCGUCACAUUGCAGUUUGGAAAGCAUUAACUAUUGCGCCGAGGCUGGAAUUGUGUCAAAGGUACCCCAGUUUCCCUUUGAAGAUAUCUUGCAUCACUUCCGCAUUCAAACGAAUAAUCCUGACUUCCAAAUAACCGAUGAAAUCUACAAUGAAGGAUUGAUUCUGAUUGAGGAUCAAUGCUUGACUAUUGCAAACAAGCUACUGAUUGAAGUAGGAAUGAUUGCGCCAAAUCGAUCGAUACACAAUGCAUUCAAUCAAGAAUUCAAUCAAGAGCUGCAAUACAAUGUUGAUACAUUGCAGGAAUUCGUCGAAAUAAUGUGCCGUUGCUGA